AUGAAACUCAUCGUAGCUGGUGCCACUGGUUUGGUCGGGAGCGAAGUUAUCAGACAAGCCCUACAGAACAAGGAUGUUACUGAAGUCAUCGCGUUGGCUCGCAAGCCUGUUCAUAUUGAAGGCAACAAUAGCCCAUCUAAGCUGAAAUGUGUAGUCAUACGAGACUAUGCUGAGUAUUCAGACGAAGUCAAGGCCGAGCUAGCCGGAGCUAACGCAUGCAUAUGGACUGUUGCAAUCACACCUUUCCGCAGCGGCAGUUUUGACUUUAAGGAGGUCAAGCGCGUCUGUCAGGACUGCACACUAGCUGGCUUUAAGACUAUUUACGAAGCGGGGCCUGCACGGCCAUUUCGGUUUCUGUAUUUCAGUGCUGAGGGCACACCGCGAGACUCGUCAAAAAGACCGAUGUUGAUGGGGGAUUAUCAAGUCAUGCGUUGCGAAACAGAGAACAUGGUGCUGCAGUUUCCGACGCAAUAUGAAGGGGUUCAGGUCUGUAUUGCUCAGCCUGGAGUAGUGACAAACUCAAAGACAUGGCCCAGAGCUGUGCUAGCUUCUCUGUUUAGCGUGGUUAAUCUAUUUACAAGGGUAAUUCCGAACGUCACCCGAAGUCAGCUUUCAGCUGCAGUCUUGAAUCAGGCUAUAUAUGGGUUUGACAAGGAAACAUUGUUGAAUAAUGACUUGGUUCGCAUUGGCCAAGCUAAGGACUGA